CAUCUCCCCAACCAAACGUCGGCUGUCAUCCGUUACCUCACAUGCCCAACCCAUAGUCCCCUGUUCCAUCGUUUUUGUUUUCUUUAUCAUUUACUCAGGUUAUUAACCGCUGCGGACGUCACUGGCUUGCAUAAAGGCAGACGGCUCAUCGCAUAUUCACAUCCAUCCCUGUCCUGCAACAGCCAAUAUAACAAUCUAUAUCUCUCUGAAACGCUCACUCUCCUCUUCCGAUAGGCUGCCUCGAUCUCCCUCCAGCAGGCUAGCGGCUAAGGUCUACUUGGCUAUCCGGAAAGAAUCCAAACUCAUUCACUCCUUAUGGUCAUUUCAAACUUGUGUUUGUUUCCAGAUCGAAGUGAAAGAUGCCAAAAUGCUAUUGAGGCUGCUUUGAAAAUGGUUCCAUGGGAUCAAUCCAACAAAGUGAUUCACGGUGAUGAAAGUUUGGUGCUUAGUCUGAUUUCCCUUAUUUUUUCAAGAACGAGAAGGGUCGUUGUAUUAGGAGAUAUUCUUGAUGGAAGAAGCGCAGAGAAGGAUGCCGAUGAUGCAUCGUCCACAUUAUUAAUCCGUGAAUUGUUAUAUACUCCGGAUAUUUGAAAUUAUUGUUUUAUUAAAAUUUAAUUACGUGGCUGCAAUUAGUAAUUAUGUGGCUAUGAAUAGAAUUACCCAAUUAUAAUUUAUAACCAUUUUCAUUAAAGGAGGAAGGGGAGGCCUCGUGCCUAGGGUUGGUGCGGCGAUUUUAUCGAUCGUCCGCGUUUUUCCUUCUCGUCGUACGGCAAUAGCGCAUCAAACGGCGGCUGUGGAAGAUCGAAGCUGGAGUUCGGUGACUUGGGAGAACGAUAUGAAGCAGAAUGGCACCAAUGGAGUGGACGCACUUGCCAACGCCUAUGGAAUGUUGGAUCUGGAGGAGGAGGACGAAAUUCUCGUGGUCGCACCAAUGAUUCAGACCUCAGCGAAACUCAAUUGGACUAUGGUGGGGACCAUUACCUCGGAAAAGUCGGUACGUUUUUCCCAAUUUCGAGAUAUUAUGGCGUCCGUGUGGAAACCGAAAAAUGGUGUUUCCAUAACUGAAAUUGGUCCUAGGAGGUAUGUUUUUCAGUUUUAUAAUGAGGAAGAUGUCACUAGGGUUGUGGAGGAAGGUCCGUGGCUUUUUGAUCAAAACUUAAUUGUUAUGAGUAGGCUUAAAGAGGGUGAUAUUCCCAUGUCUGUUCCACUCAAUAAAGCAGAUUUUUGGGUCCAAGUUCAUGAUAUCCCAGUGGGAUAUUUCACUACUGAGAAUGCGGAACGCAUUGGGAAUUUUUUAGGAAUCUUUAUAAAAGUUGAUGAUAAUAACUUUUCUGAGAAUUGGGAAUCCUUUAUGAGGAUUCGCGUUUGUAUUGAUCUGGGGAAACCUCUGAAAAGGAAAUUGGUUUUGCAAAAAGAGGAAGGAGUCACUUUCCGUGUCAGGUUUUGCUAUGAGAAGCUUCCUAGUUUUUGUUUCCUGUGCGGAAUAAUAGGACAUGCGGAAAGCCACUGUCCACAUAAGCAGCGGGGCUACGAAGUCACUGGGGAAAGACCGUUUGGUCCAUGGCUUAGAGCUACAAAAGGGGCAAAGCAAUGGAAGGAGAAUAAAUGGCUUGUUCCAGCAGGGAAAGGAAUCAGUUCUGAUAACAAGGCUACCAGUGCAAACAAAGAGGACGACAUGCGACCAAGUACUGGGGAGGGCGGGCUUUCACCACACGAGAGGGGAUACAUUGAGCAGAAGCGAAGACGUGUGGAGGAUCCAGCAGUGCACUAGAACGGGGAAGAUAUGGAGAUGGUUCAGAACGAAGGAAAAAAUGGGGAGGAGGCGAGCUACAAAUCUGUAGCUCGCCAAGCAAUGCAGUAAGAGACACUGAUCCGCAGCUUCUAAAAUUAAAUAAGGCCGAGGGCCAUGAAGACUUUUUUAUUUCUUGUUGUUUUUCCUUUUAUGGUACUCAUGUUGCUUUUGUUUUCGUUUGGAACUCUAGUGGUAGGUUGGGGUUUACCUUUUAUUUUUUGAUUUGGGAUUCUAAUGUUGGUGGAAGCGAUAAGGCUUAUUCUAAGCUUCGAAACUCUCACAUGGUUCGCGAAUGGUCUCGCUCCUUCGAGGGUGGUCUAUUCUAAGUCUAGCCAGAGAGUGGGAGGGCCUUUAGGCUAUGCGGAGCCUCAAGAGGUUUGAGGAGGUUUGGCGUUACAGGAGAGGUAGUACUUUUAGAAGUCUGAGUGAGGAGUUUGAGCAGUGUAAGG